AUGCCAGUGUAUUCGAUAUCUCAUGUUGAGAAUGUCAGAGUUUGCGUGGUCAUGGUCGGAUUACCAGCUCGUGGUAAGUCCCUUAUAUCGCAGAAAAUUGUUCGGUACUUGUCAUGGUUGUCGAUCAAGUCCAAGUGCUUUAAUGUCGGAAACUAUAGGCGCGAGGUGGCCAAGGAAACUGCCGUAAAUGCCGAGUUUUUUGACCCAAAGAACGAAGAAGGCAUGGCUUACAGAAAACAAGCCAUAGACUUGGCCAUAAAAGACAUGAUGAAUUGGUUCGUCGAAGAAAAUGGGGUCGUGGGGAUUUUGGACGCUACAAACUCCACUCGCGAGAGGAGAGAUAGGAUUUUGAAGUUAUGUCGUGAAAACUACAUUGAGCCCAUGUUUUUGGAGAGUUGGUGUGAUGAUAAGGAGCUCAUAUUGCAGAACAUUAUGGAUGUAAAGACAACUUCUCCUGACUACGUUGCAAAACCUAACGAAUUUGCUAUGACAGAUUUCCUCAAGAGGAUUGAGUUUUACGAAUCUGUGUAUGAGUCGAUGGAUGCGACAACAGAUUCGGAAUUGACGUUUGUCAAGCUAGUGAAUGUUAAUUCCCAGAUCAUCUUGAAUCGAAUAGAGACCUACUUGGAAAGUCGUAUUGUAUAUUACGUGAUGAAUUUACACAUAAAACCCAGAAGCAUCUGGUUGUCGAGACAUGGUGAGUCAGAAUUCAACCUAACUGGACAAAUUGGUGGCGAUGCCAAUUUGUCAGAACGUGGAUGGAGGUAUGCUAAAAAGUUACCUGAACUUGUUCUCAAGUCAUUGGGAGAAGAGCACAAGCACACGAACUUGACAGUGUGGACUUCAACUUUGAAGCGUACGCAACAAACCGCCUCGUUUUUGCCUUACAAGAAAUUACAAUGGAAAGCAUUGGAUGAACUAGAUGCCGGUGAGUGUGAUGGAAUGACGUACGAGGAAAUUGAAAAGGCAUUUCCAGAAGAUUUCAAAGCAAGAGACGACAACAAAUAUGAAUACAGAUAUCGUGGUGGGGAAUCUUAUAGGGACAUUGUCAUACGAUUGGAGCCCAUUAUUAUGGAGUUGGAGCGUCAGGAGAACAUCCUUAUAAUCACCCAUCAAGCUGUAUUGCGGUGCCUUUAUGCAUAUUUCAUGAAUGUUCCGCAAGAGGAAAGUCCGUGGAUGUCUAUACCCUUGCACACCUUGAUCAAGUUGGAGCCCAGAGCAUACUCUACGUUAGUUUCGAGACUCAAAGCCGACAUUCCAGCCGUCAGCACAUACAAGGAAAAAGGAACGUCACAGUUGGGAGAGGCGAAAUCCGGCGAAACCAUUUUCAAAAGUAGAGAUUUGUUACAUAGCGGUGAUGUGAUUUAG